AUGAGAACACAUGUCAAGUCGUUGAUAAUUGAGGCGAAACAAGAAAACCCCGAGAAUGAUUUUAUGGAUGGUGCCAUCAAAGUCGUUGCGUUGAUCGACACGUGUAUCCAAGAAUUGGCAAAAUUUGACAUCAAUUACCUCCAGGGACCAAAAAUUGGGCGAGCACUUGUGCACGAUCAAGUUAAUGGUGAGUCGGCGUUCGUGGAUAUCAAGGGUGAGAAGGAUGAGGAUGAUGUUAGGAAGAGGGUGGCAAAGAAAAAGAACAAAAAUAAAUACACAAGAAGCGGUGAUAAUGAACGGAUGUCUAAAGAGGAAUUGAUGAAUACACCGGCGAGAACAAGUACUCAUACAAUUGUUCCAAGGAAUGUUAUCGUGAACAUAGAUUUCGAUGAUGAAAUUCCGGAGGAGGUUAAACAUGCAGCGGAAUUCGUUGACCCCUUUUCUUCCACAAUUGAUUCCAGCGGUCUAAACUGUAAUGAUGAUGUCGCGAGUAAAGAUGCGGAUGAACCUUUUAUAAAUCCUUUCGAAAAGAUUUAUGGUGAUUCUACCACGCCAGAAGAUCGGUAA